AGUGCAAAAAAAGAAUAAUAAAAGUUUUCUCUGUGUGCGUGUGUGUGUGAGCCGCUCUCUUUCGCUCGCGUCUCUCGCAUACUCUCUGUGCGUGUGUGUGUGUGCGCUCUUGUGUGUGAGUGAGUAUUGGUGUUGAACAGCUGUUUAGUGCAACAUGCAGCAUAGCUGCCUAAAAUCAUAGAGGCACACACCGAAAGCAGCACACCUCAAAAGGAAAAGUAUUUGUUGCCUCACCUUGAAAGGUGUCCGGUUCACAUUUUCUGCAUAGCUCAAACAAGAAUUUACGGCAGCAACCACAAACAGCAACAACUGCAGCAACAACAACAACAGCAACAACAAUAUGGCCGGUCAGCAACAACAAGUGACUAGAAUGCUGCUUGUGGCGCUCAUAUGCUGCGUUGGCCUUGCCACAGCAAAGCACUUGGGUGCCACCGAUGGCGACAUUGUGGCUGCCAGCGACAACGACAACGACAUCAUUCACCACCAUCACCAACACCAUCAGCAGCAGCAGCAACAUCAUCAGCAUCAACACAGUGCCGCAACGCACCAUCGUCGACGCCUGCAACGCGACUCUCGCGCCAAGGAUACGGCGCAUCAACAGCAGCAGCAGCAGUGUGAGGCAGUCAAGGGUUACUUCGAAUCGAUCGACAUCAGGUCGAGUGGAGUUUACAAUGAAAAAGGCGCCACAUGUGGGGGCAGCUGCUGCAGCAAUGCCACCGAACUGGAGCUGCGCCACAAGGCUGCCGGCAAGUUUGAGCAACUACUGCACCAUCAUACGAGCAGCCUGCGCGGCAUCCUCGAGACCACAGCCAGCCAAUUUCAGAGUCACGUUCUGGAGCUGGCGGAGCAGUCGGAGAAUAAAACGUUAAAUGUGUUCUCACAGGUCUAUAGGCGAAUGGUGCCACUGUCGCGGAAGUUGAUACAUCAGCUCUAUACGGAAAUCAUCAAUCAUUUGAAGUACACGUCGAACUACAGCAGCAAUAAUGGUCAGGGCAACAGCAUCCUGAACAGUCAGAGCAGUUUGGAGGAUGCACUGCACAGAUUCUUCGAGCACCUGUUUCCCGUUGCCUACCAUCAGGCGGUGCAUUUAACCAAGGACAACUAUGGGGAGCUGCAUGACGAUUACACGAAUUGCCUGAGGCAUAACUACGAUGACCUGCAGCCUUUUGGCCAGAUACCCAAGGAAAUUCAGGCCAAUCUGCUGCAGAGCGUGCACAUGUCCAACAUCUUUAUGAACGCCCUGCUCCAGAGUGCCGAGGUGCUCAGCGAAACCGAUGCGCUCUACGGCAAACAGAUGACGGAUACGUGCAAAUUGCAUCUACUCAAGAUGCACUACUGUCCCAACUGUAAUGGGCACCAGGAGCACAACAGGCCCAAGGUCUGCUACAGCUACUGCAUGAAUGUGAUGCGUGGUUGCUCUGCCCAGUACUCGGGACUCCUGGACAGUCCCUGGUCAAAUGUUGUGGAGGCUUUGGACAAUCUGGUGGCCACACACAUACGCUCCGAUAGCGGCAUCAUGAGCACCAUCAAACAGCUGGACACUAAACUGUCCGAGGCCAUUAUGCGAGCUAUGGAAAAUGGACCAGAGCUGGAGAAGAAGGUGUCCAAGACAUGUGGCACGCCCAAUCUGCUGCCCUCGCUGACCGCCCCGGAGGCGCAUCCAAUGCAUCAACAUGGCACCAUCAAGUGGGCCACGCCACCAGACGCGGGCAUCGUUCACUUUCUGUCCACCAUCGAGAAGUCCAAGGAGUUCUUCACCAACAUUGUCUACAACUACUGUGAUGAGGAUUAUACUCAACGCAACGAUCAUCUCUGCUGGACCGGAGAUCGCGUUGGGGAAUACACACAGCUGCUGAUAACGCCCGGCACGGAUACACAGCGCUACAAUCCGGAGGUCCCCUUGGAGGAUCAAUCGCAGAUCACCAAACUCAACGAGCUGGUGGACAAGCUCAUCAAGAUUCGCAAGAGCAUCGGCGUAUCGGCGCCACUCUCGAGCAAUCAUGAUAUACAGAGCGACAUGGGUCGCGAGGGUUCCGGCGGCGGUGGCGGCGGAGUGGGUCACAUCAGCGACGAUGAGGAGUACGGCAUACACGCCUCCGGCGAUGGCUCGGGCGACGGACCCACAUCUAAUUUCGAAGACCCGUCUGGCACCACGCCCAUCUCUAACAACGAUAUCGAAUCGCGCGAGAAUUCAAAGGCAGGUUCUGCCUCGACGCUGACGUUCUCGACGACGAGCCUUCUACUACUCCUCACACUAGUCACAACACUCUACAGUAGUUGUAGUUAAAGCAGCAGCACCCAAAUCCCAAAAAAGUAAAGCACAUAUACGCAAAUAUAUAUACACAUAUAUAUAUAUAUAUAUAUAUAUAUAUAAUGAAUAUAUAUAUAUAUCUAAAUAUAUAUAUAUCUAAGAGCAAAACGCAGGCAAAUCAGAACGCUAAAAAGAGCGAGCGCACAAAGUUCGACGCAAUGCAAACAAUUAGUUAUUAUUAUUAUUAUUAUUAUUAUGAACAUUAUUAUUUGGAUAAUUCUUAAGUUGUUAUCAUUAAUUUAAUAGCUACUAAGCGCACUAAAUUGUGUAACUUUGCAAUCGAGAAGCGCGUUUGGAAUGCAACAAAACAAUCUUCAAAAAGAAAACGAAACAGAAAAUGAAAAACAAUCGAACAUAAACCCAAAUUGAGAUGCGGUACGUCUCUCUAUUUGUGGCGUCUCCACCUUUUCUUCUAGUAGCUUUCCCUCAACUGCUGAGCCUCCUUGUUGCGCCUAAAUGCUGAAAAUCCAACUAGACUUUUGUGCCAUAUAUAAAGAAAUGUGUUGCGACGUUUGCAUUAAGAAUAACAAAAACAACAAAACAAAUAAACAAAAUACAAACAGAAAGAGAAACAGUAAAUAAAAUAGGCUCAAAUCGAUCUUUAGCGAGUGCAGUUCUUCAAACUCAUAUAAAUAUAUAAACACAUAAAUACAUAUUUAGCAUACAGUACGUUAAAUACACACAUAUAUAAAGCUCAAUGUUCAAAGCAAAUUGUUCCUUUUUGGUGUAAAAAAGAAAGUAAAUACAAAUAGUUGCUGUUACCGCUCAUUUUGAGAGAGAGAGAGAGAGAACGAGAAAAAGAAAGAGAAUUCUUCAAUCGACAGAAUACGUAAAAAAAUAAUGAAUUUAAAGUUGAAAAUCUGUUAGCUAAGAAAAUAAAUACAUAAACAAACUAUUGUUGUCAACAAUUUUUGAGAGCUCAAAGAAUUUUGAAAAAAAAAAGUCAACGAAAGAAAAUGCAUACAUAUAAAUGGAAUUUAGUUGAGUAAACUUACUUUUGGGAAAUUAAACUAGAAGACUUACAGCUUUAUACGCAUGAAACGAUGAAAAUCUAUUAUCGAGAUAUAUAUAUAUAUAUACCCAUGUAUAUCUA